AUGCCCUCAACCACAACCACCGCCGCCGCCUCCUCCCUCACCACCCUCAACCUCACCGGCUCUUCCUCCUCCGCCAAAGAUGCCGAAGACCUCGACAUGUACGACGAAAUCGAGAUCGAGGACAUGACCUACGACCCGACCCUGCAGAUCUACCACUACCCGUGUCCCUGCGGCGACCGGUUCGAGAUUUCUCUCGGCAGUCUGAAAGAGGGCGAGGACGUCGCCGUCUGUCCGAGCUGUAGUUUGAUGGUGAGGGUCAUCUUUGAUCUGGAGGAUUUGGUUGACGAGGAAGAGGAGGGUUCGGACGAAGAGGAGGAAGGGAAUGGAGAGGAAGAGGAGAAGAAGGAGAAAGAAGAGAAAUGA